GCACGGGGUGAGAAAGCAGUUAGAGAGGAAUUUCCUGACGCAAUAAUCCUAAGGCCGUCUGAUAUUUAUGGUCAUGAAGACAAGUACUUUAACUACUACUCAUGUAAGUACCCUGCAUUUGGCUUACUGUAUACAGAUAAUAUUUAUAGAUACUUUGGUUCUCAAAAACAAGCAGUAAAAACGAUUUAAAAUAUCACAAUAACAGCAUAAAAAUGUAAGAAAUCUCAUUUACGUUGUGAUUAAAAUGUCAAAGAGGUCUGCUUUUUGCACAAAAACAUCCGAAUUUUAUAAAAACGUUCAUGUUGUUUUUUUGUAGGUUUUGUUCGUGUAUUUAAAACUGCCUCUUGCUAUAAAACUACAUACCGCACGCUCAACCUAUACAUAACUCAGUUAUCCGCUAGCAGAUACCUGAGUUUUAUGUAGGUUGCGUGAUUUCCAUAUUUAGCUGAUUAGCAUAACUGUGGUAAAUGCAUGUAUAAACAAUCUCAUAAAAAGAAACACGCCCAUUGUGCUUUUUGCGCUUAGAAGUAGACGUUUUAUGGUUUUCACAGGAUAACCUUACUUAAUUUAGCUGUUUAUAGUCCAUCUGCUCAUCUGAAAGAAACAAUCAUGUUAUUGUUUCGUAUUUCUAGAUUUCCGCAAUAUUCCUUUCGGCAUUCCAUUGAUUGAUGGCGGUAUGAACACCAGAAAGAGACCUGUUUUCGUAAGUAUUCUUUCUCCUUUUCAGGCCUUCCAAAAAAAUGCUAAUUAAGACCACAGUUAAUAGAACUCAUGGUUUGGAGACUCCACUAACUACAAUAUAACUCAUUAUCUAUAUCAGUUUACGUUUAUGCAAGAAUAUGAUUUUAUCGCAUCACGUGUGUAUUGUAUUUUCGCCUAAACAACCGAUAGUAAUGCUUAAACUAACUGUUGUUGAAGUCAGGACUGGAUAAUUAAGCCAAAACAUUGCUAUUGGUAGUUUGGGUGAGAAUACAAUACACUCGUGGUGCGAUAAAAUAACAUUCUUGCAUAAACCUGGACAAUAACAUAGAUAAUAAAUUAUAUAAUUGUACUUUGUGGAGUCUCCAAACCAUGAGUUCUAUCAACUGUGUUACUAGGACCUUCUGUUAUUUACAGCACAUUACAUAACUGUACUUCCAGGUUAUAAAACUACCAGUUCUUGACGUUUUAUUCCGCUUUGUAUUUCCACUUACAUAGUAUUUUCAAAAUAUACUCUUAAUAAUAAAUUUAAUUUUCUAUUUUUCUUUAUGCUCAACACCCAACCUGGUAAAACUGACAGCUGCGCAUGCUAUAUUUCGCCGCCCAGUCAAUUUUCUCUACAACCAAUAUGUAGUUGAAAAGUUUCCUACUGUAGAUACCAAUCGGAAAACACCCAAUAUCCAAUUUGGUUUCAAUUAUUAUUUGGGCAAUUCACAUUUCCCUUUAUAGUUAACGACUUUUAUGUUCCCUUUUAAACUUGCAGUAAAAUCUAUAGACCAGUUCGUUGUUUGCUAGUGAUUGACCGAUUGUGCAGCAAUCGGAAAUUACCGAUUACCGAUUAUUCAUGUCACAAUCUACCCCGAUGCCGAUUUUAUAAUGACGUCAUAAAAUCAGCCGACCAAGUAAAGGUGACGUCAUCAAACACUAUUGUUUGUUUUAGGUUGUAGACGUCGCGAAGGCAGCAGUGAAUGCAAUAUAUAAUGGAAAACUGGGGAGUACAUAUGAGGUUUUUGG